AUGAACGGAUCGCAAGGAAUCACAAAAUACAUCUCUGAUUCAAUUGCUAAUCUGAGCUCAUUAGUGCAGAUUUCAGAUCAUGGACCACAGUUACAGCAACACACACAUAGCGAGAAUGACGAUGUCAUGAGUUUUUCUGAAGAGGCAAUUCCUUCAAUUGCAAUCAGGUAUAGUAGUAGUACUGAAGAGCUACAUGGGCCCACAAGCACUAAUGAACGGUGUAAUUGCAAUGCAUAUGAAGAGAUUAACAGACUCAAGUCUAAUGAGCAACGACUGAGAACGUAUAUCCAGGCACUUCGAAGAGAUCUGAUAAACAAUGAGGAAAGCACAAGUGAACUAAAGAGAGAAGUACAGCAGUUAAGAAAUACACAUGAGCAGGAGAAAAUAAAUAUAAGACGGAUGCUAAAACAAGUAGAAUCUCUUGAAAAGGCGUUUGACGAGAGGUUGUAUGAGAUUGUAGAGGUUGUUGAGUAUUGCAAGUAUCUGCUAACCGAUGAAUAG